AUGACGCCCGACUGUGUUGAGAUGGCUGACUUCCAUUUGCUACGUUAUCGCCUAGACGAGCUGACAUCGGAAAGUGGUCAGCUGGAGGCACGGCUGCAUCAACUGCUCGACCAGCUCUGCAAAAUGACCACCAUCUUCACGCACAAAGUGGUCCGACAGAGGCAGUUCUCCACGAUCAUGGGCAGCCAGGAUUCACGUAGGACCGACAGCUCCCACGCCAGUAUGACCGUCAUAGGACGACGUUUCCAACGUUUCUGUUGCAUUAAAAAGGACUUAGCCAAGCAGUCAGCAGGUUGA